UCACCCCGAAAAGCUCAAUCCAAGGCCAGUGGCAAGACUGCUAAAUCCGCUAGCGCACCCAAGAAAAGGAAGGGAAGAAAGUGAUGUGUAAUGAUCUUCCAUUUCGUCUCAUUGUCGACGCUGAUUUUUCUCACUCAAGACGACGUCUGUCUGUCUCACUUGCAAGCCGCUGUCCACUCGUCGCAUGUUUCACUCUUGUCGUCGUCCCACUUCUCAUUCGCAAUUCGCAUUCAAGCUGCUGUCCGAUCAUCGCAUGUUUUGCUCUUGUCGUCGUUGUCAUACCGAGUCUCCUUCAGAAGCUUGGGCGCGUGUCCGCUCUUAGAGAAGCUUUGGUGCAUGUUCUGCUCUUAGAUGUACUUUUACUGUCUGCUCAUACCAUGUAAUGCAAUACCGAAAUGAAAUAGUCUUAUCAGAAUU